AAUACUGUGUUGUAUUCUCUGUGUCAGGAGGGAUCUGUGAACAGCACGACGUGGAGAACGGACUUCCUGGUGGAGUAUGAAGGGGAGGGAUCUAACGUGGCUGAUCCAGCCUGUCCGCUGCUCGGUCCCGGGGUCUCUGAAUGUUUCCCACUGUGUGUGUGAGGAUUCCUUCAACAACACGUACGCCUGUGUUCGUACCGUCGCACCCUCCGCCGACAUCCAGUACUGCGAGUUCGACGACAACGAGGUGUUUGUGGAGGUCUAUAACAUGACAGUAGACCCCUACCAGCUCAUUAACCGGGCGAAGACCAUCGACCAGGAGGUUCUGGAGAAGAUGAACCACAGGCUGAUGAUGCUGCAGUCCCUGUUCUGGACAGUCCUGUAGGACCCCUGGGGUCUACGACGCACGGUUUGCGUUUGACCCUCAGCUGAUGUUCAGUAACAGGAGGCGGCGGAUCAGCGGUCCGAGACGGGCCUGAAGAGCAGGAGGAGAGUGUGUGUGUGUGUGUGUGUGUGUGUGUGUGUGUGUGUGUACACACACAGUGUCACCAUUGAUUGGUUAUUCUAAGACAUGUUGUGUCUAAUUACGUGAGGAAAAUCAAUUACCUCAAAUCAGCUGCUUUUCAAAUCAUUAACAAGUCUUGACCGGCUACAGUCGGACUA